AUGGAUAUGUGGAGAACAUCCAAAGGUCGUGACGAGCUGAGAGAGAAGUUUGCGCAACAUGGGGACUUUGGACAACUUGAGGUUUAUGUCCGCAAGAAGCAUUUGAAGACUGCUUCUGAGGGUGUGCAGGGUGGUUGGUAUACAAAGGCAGCAUUGCAAAAAGAAGGGUGGACUUCGAAAAUGAUUGAACGAGCUUGGGCCUGGGCUCAAACGUUUCCACCAGGAGUCAGGCACAGGGUGAACCCUGUGCAUGGCGAAGAGGAAAUUAAAAUCGUACUUCGGGAGACGUUUGAAAACCUCAGCCAAGACAUCGAGGAGGUGGAACGCUGUGGAACCUUUACCAUUCAGGAUGGGGACGAGGCUGGCACCCUUCUCCAGUCAGAUCUUCCGGAUCCUGGCGAUGUGGCCGCUGGCAGCGGUUCAGGGGCGAAUGCGAAUAUUCCAAAGCCGAAUGUCAAUGCCACAGGCGUGUCUGACUCGGACUCCUCUGAUGAUGACCUUGUCAACAGCUUCGUCCAAAACUUUGCGGAUGGUGCUAGUGCGAAGUCAGUGCUGGCUGAUGCGACCAAGACGGAAAAACUCCUUGACAAACAUGGUGCCUUGUCUGCGCUUUGGAAGCUGCAUGCGCUCCAAAUAGGUUUUGGACCCGCUACCAAUCUGUUGAAGAAGGCAUGCCGGAUCACCCAGAGCGAACAAUUGGAUACUUUUUACAUGGUGAUGAAGGAAGAGGUCAAGGUGGUUUGGCAGAACGAGCACUAUCACUUUUACUUCCGCUUCUUGGGUGCGAAGGGGGAUUGGCCGCUGAAGACCUUUCCCAGAGGUCUCGGAAAAGGCUCGGAUACUGGCCUCAUCGGGGCUUGGUUAGAGGCAGUGCUGGAUAGCGUGACCGAAGAUUCAAUUCCUGUACGGUGCUUAUUGUGCUAG